AUGUCUGGUCAGUCAUCGUCCACUCGAAGUGCCUUCGCGCUACCACUACGGCUGUCCUUACCAACCUCUAUAUCCACCUCUUUCCUCCCGCGCUCCCUCCGCUCCUUCCUUUCCUCCAUCUUCAUCCCCAUUCCAUCGCCUACGGCCACCUCCUCAACCGCCUCCUCUUAUCUCAGCCCCACGGCCGCCUUCUUCUAUGCUCUACCACGCGUGCUCCUGAUCGUAUCCGCGGUUUGCUUGCUAUGGCGGAUCGUGGAGGAACCCACCGAUUGCUCGCUGCUUCCUGCCGUGCGCCUGCAGGGGGCCUGCGGGUACUCAGAUGUUGAGUUAAAGCGUAUCCUAGCCAUGGAGCAUGGCUACACUCGUGGCUCGCCGCGAUACUAUUUUCUUGGAAGGUGGAUGCAUUACAUCACACUCAAUUACGAGCUCACCAUGGCCAAACCAAAUCCAAAAAAGGACAACCUAGCAGUGCCGCCAUGCGUGCUUGUGAGCGUGGAGGGCGAGGUGCCGUGCCUGACGGGCACGAGCUGCAUCAUCCCCUUCUACCUGCGCCCACACACGUCAGACAGCAUGGUGCUGCGCGUGCACUUUGAGAAUUCCCCCACGCCCUUCUCCGUGCUGCGCCGAGAGACCAAGCAGAAGCGGUUCACUGCGGUGCUGGACGGUGGGGCUAACAUUGGCAUCACGACCACUGUGCUCGCUCUCAUGUUCCCGCAUGCGCGCAUAGUGGCAGUGGAGUCAUCAGAGGAGAACUAUCGCAUGCUCAGACUCAACACCUUCGCCCUGCCCAAUGUCGUCGCCUUCCGUGCUGCCCUCUGGAACAAACUCAACGAGCCCCUGUCAGUGCACAUGGACCCACGCAGCCACGGGUACUGGACUCUAAUGACGUCCAUCCCGGGCCAGGAGAGGGGUCUGAAGCAAUACGGCAUCGCGCACACGGUGACCGUGCCGUGGCUCAUAGAGAUCACAGGCGUGCCGGGCUUUGAUCUCGUCAAGCUGGACGUGGAAGGCAGCGAGCGCGAGGUGUUCACGCCUGUAGAAGGCUCGGGCCGGGACCCAGGCUACACGCUCUCCUGGCUGAACCACGUGCAGAUGGCUCUCAUUGCCACACACGAGGGGCUGCGGCGCGGGGGGCAGGAGGCGGUGCGGCAGGCGUUUGACCUGGGGCGGUUCUCCCUGGAGCUGGGGGGCUCGCACUAUGUGUAUCGUAGCAAGGACGUGUUUGAUGAUGACAUGAGGGAGCAAGCCUUUGCCGCGCUCAAGAGCAUGGCAGGGCAGCCAGCAGAGGGGGCGGAGGAGGGCAGUGAUGCAGGGGCAGACGCUGGUGCUGACCGCUGA